UUACCAUGAAGCACGAAAUGCUCCCCUGCCAAGCAAACAAACUGCACAUAGGGAGGGAGGGAGGGAGGGAUGGGCCAUUGACGUGAUUUGUUGAUUGUGUUCGGGUGGGUCACAUACUCACGUCGCACUGGGAGCCUGGACAGCCAACCUGCACAGAGACAGAGAGACAGAGAGACAGACAGAGGGAGGGGUGGGCGUGUGUGUGUGUGGAUGCCUCACCCACACAUCCGUGAGUGUACCCAUGCGCCCGGCAACGUCUUCUGUUGGGUGUGCGAUGCAGUGAGCACAAUCGCCAUCAGAUAUAGAAUGUAGGCAGCAAUCUUCUGUCCGUCGGGCCCCUCGCACCACCUGUACCAUACCCACAAGACACAUCACACAACACACAUCAAGUGUUAUUGGCUGACUCACUCACUUGCUGUCCUCAACAAACGUCGGAGAGUUGAUGCAUCCUCGUAUGUGCGACGUACCGGUCAUGACACUGUGGCAGUAUGUGUCGAUGCGCUUGUAUAGGUCCUUGCAGCCUGGGCCGGCGUCGAUGUGGCCCGGCACAAUGUCCUCGAAGAAGCUCAGGGCCAAGAGGGAGAGUCUGGGGCCAAUGAACACGGGGCUCCUCAAUGGCUUUCUUGGCCUUCGUCUUCGCGCGCUCGAUGCAUCCCUGGUAGAGCUCGACCACCGCCUGUCGCGUUGUGAAGCUGCCGAACGAGCACCCCUUGCUCAGGCGGGUCAUGUCGGCCUUCUGCGCAGUGUACCAGGCGAUGGCGGCUGUCUUGUACUUGGGGUCGGCGUCGGAGGGCAUGGCAAGCAGGAGGACGGCCCAUGCGGCACAGACGAUGUCGCUGGCGAAGCCGAUGUCCUCCUGCUGCCGCUCCUCGACCUUGGCCAUGAGAUUGCCGAUCGUCAUGCAGGGCGCGUUUGGGUGGCAGCGAAGGGGAGGCUGCGGGGGCGGGGGAGACCCAUCCGGGGAUGUCACGCAGCGUGACAUCUCCAUGUCGAUGAGAAGGACUUCCCCCAUCCGUCGGUCGGCGACCAGCACAUUCUCGAUCGACAUCCGUGAAAGCAGGUUGACACCCAUUGCGGCCUUGACACGCGCAUCGACGACAUUUGGCGCCGCACAAACCGACCGCAGCUUCUCCCCUCCAAAGCCAUCUGCAUCACACCGCACCACACAACACAUGAAGAUAUGCGCCACUCCUCCCUUGGCACUUCAUUUCUUUUUCCAUUCGCUUACCAGCACUAACCUUCUCCAUGAGAAUGCACAGCCCCCUCUCAUACUCAGCCGUCGCCCCUCCCUCGGUAAGUUCCACCAACGCUGUCGGGCGCAGCUCGGGCACAUCAGCCACAUCGGCGAGUAUCCGGGGGGCGAUCUGCUCGGUCCCGGUGUGGCGAUCAGGCAGCGCCGUCAGCUGCAGCUGGGCAUCCUGCAGGGCCGCGUUCUCCCCAGCCCAUUGCUGCAGCUCCCGCAGCCUCUCUGCCUCAAUGGCGAGGCCAUCAACCAGCAGCGCCGCCCUCCCCAUAUCCCCGCCCUUCUUCCACAGCUCCCUCGCCACACUCUUGCGCACCACCGGCACGGGCACGUGGCCCGGUAAUGUGCCAGGGCACACGUCGCACUCCCCGCGACCUCCCUCCUCUCCUGUGAACGGCUCGCCCAGGACCACCGACCUCACCAGCUCGGUGGGGUCACUGUCGUCGGUGCUGCUGGUGGGCCGGUCGCCGUCGUCGUGCGAGUGAGAGGUGGCGGCUGUGAUGGGAGAGGCGGGCUCUGGGGCGGUGGUGGCGGUGGUUUCGGAUGGAGCAGCCGCCGGUGCGUUGGGCGAGGACGGGGGCGGCGCCAGAGGGGAUGGGUCGGUGGGGCUGUGGCUGUCAGAGGGGCUCCUCUGCAGGGGUUUGGGAGGGGGAGGGCCGCUGACAACGUCGUCGUCAGUGAUCUCCAUGGGCGCCCCAGCGCUGUUGCCUGCGAUGGCGAUGGCGUUGGCGUUGCUGGCAGAUGCAGAUGCAGAGAUUGCUGGAAUGACGUUGGCCGCCGGCGAUUGGUCGGGUGGUGGUGACAUGGGAGAGGGGGAGGGACAGGGGGAAGGCGUCAAUGCCGUUGUUCUCGGUCUCUUCUUUCUUGCAUACCACACCAUCGAUAUCCGCCGCUGCACCUCAGGCAGUGUGAGGUGAGCUGCCGCCUCCUGACGAGACACUAUCUUCGGCGCUGCCGCAUCGUCCCCAAUGGCCCACGUCUCUUUGUUGUCAGAGCACUUGGCCAGUGCCGCACAGUGGCCGCCAUUGACCACCUCGUGUCCGUUGUCGUCCCUGUCAAGGUGGUGGAACUGGACGGCGAAUAGCUCGAAAGGGAUGGAACUGGUGACAGUGGGCAGCUCAAGCGUCAUGGGGGCCGAGAUGCGAAGGGGGCUGGGGUAUUGACGGUCUAUCGUCCCCCAGUUGGUGUAGUGGCACUGUGCGCGCUUCACCGACAGCGCCAGGACGUCCGCCGCAUCGUACAUCUGCUGUCUGCAAUAUAACCAAAGGAAACAAGCAAUGGAUGGAUGAAUGGCUGGAUGAAUGGAUAAACAUCGAUGGAUUUGUGUCAUAGGAGCACCCCGUCUUACUUGUAUGUGAUGCGACCUCCGCAGCCAGAGCACGGGCGCUGGCCUUCGGGCUUAUCAUCUUGCAGCAAGGUCGCCUGGAUGACCUCCGUGAGGUCCCACUCCUUGGACAGAUCCAUCACGUCAGUCACACCAAUUUCCACCACCCUCUCCGUAGCGCCAACAGCUUCCCUGCCCUCGCCACACUGACACACCUUCUUCCUCAGAAGGGCACAUCCAAACACCGCCCCAAAUCGGCUCUCCUCCGAGACACCAGCCGCCGACUCCUCACAUUCGAUGAUGUGCAGGAGAGCACGGAGUGUCUCAGCGGUGUCCUGUUGGCGCCGCACAUCGAGGUCGUAGUCGCCGCCCCAAAAAUCGCCACGCGGCUUUUGAAGAUGCGAGAGCAGCGGCGUCAUAUCGAGGAGAGGGGCGCCCUGGCCGGUCGAUGACGCGACGUUGAGGAAAAACUUCAU